ACCCACAUGGUCACAUAUAAUGGAGAAAUAGUUAAACCAAGAUAGAUAGAUACAUAUCUUGAUUUGGCUCUAUAAAAAAGUGAACUUUACUCUAGAAACAAGUUAAACAAGAUUGAAAUGAGGAAGUUCUCCAAUUUUUAGGGAAACACAAUUGAAAAAAGAAAUAGGCAGAAACAUAGAAUAUAUCUUCCUUGUUCUGGACCAGACAGAGGGAAAAAAUGACGAAAGAUGAAAUCUAUACUAUUUCUCAUUCUUUGUGUCAUCCCUCCUGCUCCCUCUCAUCCACUCAUCCCCAGGUUCUGUUUUUAUCCAGGGAUGUUGCAGAUUGGUUUGUUGGGUUACAGAAUCAGAAGACAAAUUCACUUCAAGAUAUUUUACAGUUUUUCUCUGCAUUGAAAGCCCAACUGGACGCAGAAGAUGAUCGAAACAGGUCUUUAUUAGGGAGUCACUAUCUGUGCGGGAAGAAUAAAUUUGCCGGAGCCGAUGGAAAAUGCAGAAAUCAAAUACGAUCUGAUAGAAAGAAGAAUUUUGCUUUGUUUGGAUUACAGGCACUGCUUGAGAAACGGAAACAAAAUGAAAACAAAGAAAACAAUGUAAACUUGUUCAAUAUAAAAACUGAAAUAUUUGGUGACAUCUUGGAUUCUACAGAAACCACAACUGAAAACUCUUAUUUUACAGAAAACUCCAAUUAUACAGAGACCUCCAAUUCUACUGAAAACUCCAAUUCUACUGAAAAUUCCCAUUCUGCAGAAACCUCCACUUCUACUAAAAACUUUAUUACUACAGAAAACCCCAAUUCUACAGAAAACUCCAAUUUUACAGAAAACUCCAUCUCUACUGAAAACUCCAAUUAUACUGAAAGCUCCAAUAUCACAACUGAAAACUCCAAGGCAACAACUGAUAACACCAAUGCUAAAAGUCAAACCUCCAAUACCCUAACUGAAAAUUCCAAUACCACAACUGAAAACUCCAAUACUAUAACUCAAAACUCCAAUGAAACAUCUGAAAACUCCGAUAACACAACCGAAAAUUCCAAUACCACAACAGAAAACUCCAAUACCAUAACUGAAAAUUCCAAUAUCAUAACUGAAAACUCCAAUACCACAGCUGAAAACUCCAAUACCACAACUGAAAACUCCAAUACCACAACAGAAAACUCCAAUACCACAACUGAAAACUCCAAUACCACAACUGAAAACUCCAAUACCAUAACUGAAAACUCCAAUAUAAUAAAUGAAAACUCCAAUACCACAGCUGAAAACUUCAAUACCACAACUGAAAACUCCAGUACCACAACAGAAAACUUCAAUACCACAACUGAAAACUCCAAUACCAUAACUGAAAACUCCAAUAUCAUAACUGAAAACUCCUAUACCACAACUGAAAACUACAAUACCAUAACUGAAAACUCCAAUAUCACCGCUGAAAACUCCAAUACCACAACUGAAAACUUCAAUACCACAAUUGAAAACUCCAAUACCACAACUGAAAACUCCAAUACCUCAACCGAAAACUCCAAUACCUCUGCCAAAAACUCUAAUACCGAAAUUGAAAACUCCAUGAAAACAACUGAAAACUCCAAAACCGUAAUUGAAAACUCCAAUACCACAACUGAAAUCUCGAAUACCAAAACUGAAAACUCCAAUACAGCAACUGAAAACUCCGAUACCACAACUGAGAACUCCAAUACUACAACUGAAAACUCCAAUACCACAACUGAAAACUACAAUACCACAACUGAAAACUCCAAUACCACAACUGAAAACUCCAAUAUCACAAAUGUAAACUACAAUACCACAACUGAAAACUCCAAUACCACAGCUGAAAACUCCAAUACCACAAUUGAAAACUACAAUACCACAACUGAAAACUCCAAUACCACAACUGAAAACUCCAAUAUCACAAAUGUAAACUCCAAUACCACAGCUGAAAACUCCAAUACCACAACUGAAAACUCCAAUACCACAACUGAAAACUCCAAUACCACAACUGAAAACUCCAAUACCACAACUGAAAACUACAAUAUCACAACUGAAAACUCCAAUACCACAACUGAAAACUCCAAUACCACAACUGAAAACUCCAAUACCACAACUGAAAACUCCAAUACCACACCUGAAAAUUCCAAUACCACAACUGAAAACUCCAAUACCACAGCUGAAAACACCAAUACUUCAACUGAAAACUCCAAUACCACAACUGAAAACUCCAAUACCACAACUGAAAACUCCAAUACCACAACUGAAAACUCCAAUACCACAACUGAAAACUACAAUCCCACAGCUGAAAACACCACUAGUACUCCUGUUUCUUCAACGGGAAAAAACUAUUUUCCCAAAUAUUUAGAAAAAUUAAAAAACAAAUUUAGAGAUGAAUACGACAGCUAUUUAAUCUCUUGGCAAAUUGAAUAUGAUCGUUGGAAGACUCGAUUUAUUUAAUUUUGUAGUAUUUGGUCAUUUUCCCAAGGACGACAUCCAACGUGACAACUUACAAAGUGACAACCUCCCAAGGGACAACUUUCCAAAUGUGCAUUUUCCCAAGCGGCAACUUUCCAAAGAUUAAUUUAGACCUUUUGUUGCGCUGUAGCUGCUGCAAUCGGGGCCGAGUGCUGCGACUAGGAUUGGCUAGGGGGCCGCGCGCUUCGGUAUAAGCAGACAAGGGCCCGAACCAGGGAAUAGAAAUAAAGGGAUAGGAAAUAGCGCUGGUCUGACAUGAGAAAGCCAGUCGCACUGCUUUGCAGACGAGUUCGGUAUUCUUUACACACACUUUUUCGGUACAGACACACAACAUGAUUACAGUCAAGGAAAUUGCAGAACAAUGUUGUUAAUUAUAGUUAAACUUGAAAAAUGA